GGUCGACGCAAGGGCAAAUCAAGCACCGAAUCACCGUGAACAGCGGGAUGUGCAGCCCAGCCCCAGUGAGCGAUGAGAAACCAUGUUUUGAGAGAUUAACCAGAGUCGCCUCACACAAGAGGCCUUGCUUUUGCUUUACUGCUCUUUGAACCUUCUGUGGUCAUGUAUGACCAACCUUGACUAACCUGGUGUAUAAUUUGAACUUUUGUUAACACUGGUUUUGAAUAAUCCUAUGGCAUACUUAAUGUGAAUAUACGUAUGGUGUAAGUUAUUAUGUGAAUGUAUGAAUGUUUGGUUAAGCCAUGUAUGCACAGCUCAACGGACAAUUUUAGAAAAUUUUCUUCCGCAA